AUGACAAUUAAUUAUCUAGCAAAUCUGACUAUUUUAUUAAUUUUUCUUCUUGCUACGAUUCUACGUGCACAACCGAUACUAAUAAAAGAUAUACCCGAAUCAAGUGCGUCGUGGGAGCAGGAUGAACAACUGCCCUUUGAAGAUUAUGAGGAAAUUGUUCAGCCAAUGAAAAUACCGAAGUUGCGUAGAGAAGAAAAGAUCGCAAAAAUUUUAAAAACUGGACAAGAUCGAGCGCGAGAGCUCAGAAGAAGAGUGCGAUAUCUAAAUAAGGAACCUGUGUGGCGCAGGGUGGUACCGCUACCAACAAAACCGCUCCGUGGACCUUUACUUGCACUUCCAAUAACAGAGUGUCCAAAACGUUUUGAUGCCGUCACUAGAGCACAUAAUGGGCGAACAUAUUUGUUUUCCCGCGAUCGAGUCUAUCAGGUGUGGAGAAAGGAUAAUCUUCACCAACGUUCAUCGUAUCAUAUCAACGAUCUAUUUGUUGAUGGUCCGCGUACGGUCACAGUUGCAUAUACAAAUUUGCGAAGUGGCGUCACUAUUCUGAUCGAGCAUUCAACUGUUUAUAGAUUUCGAUGGAAUAGGAAGGCCAAAAGGUUUAUGAUAGCAAGAAAAAGCCCGCAACCUUUACAUGAAUCCGCACAACUUCAGCCACGAGUUGGAUUUCAAUGGAUCGAUGGUAAUCAAAUUCUUAUGGAGAGUGACAAAUUCAUAACUUAUGAUGCCUAUUGGAACUUCCCAACAUUCAGCGGAAUAGCUAGCAAUUAUUUUCCGAAUCUUCCUCGAGAUAUUAUCGGAAUGGCCUAUCAAGAUGGCUCAUCAUUUUUAAUUUACACUGCUUCAAAUAAAAUCAUGAAGUCUGGCGAUUAUGAUUUCUAA